UAAACAGCAAAACCUUGCUCGCUCACUCACUCACUCACUCACUCACCCUCAUAUCUCCACAACUCCACAUCUCUCUCUCCCAAUCUCCCAAUCUCCCAAUCUUUUCAACCACCUCUCAUGGCAGAAAUAAAGAUUGGACCCAACAUGAGUUCCGCUACAUUAAAUGGUGUAGGCUCUGUCACUACGUCCUCAAAAAUUAUCAAUUUGGCGUCCGAUGAUGAAGAUUCGGAAAAUGGUGAUGUGUUACAGGGAGUCUCUCGUGAUACUUCACGUGGCAUGCCACACCACCAAAAUGCAGUACCACAAGAGCUCGAGGAGGCUUUGAGUGCGAAUGAAAGCAGUGCAGAAGAUGGAUCGGAGGGUUUUGCAGCUGAAGGUGGUGGUGACGGUGAAGAAGAAGAUGACGAGGAAAGUUUCUGUGAAGAUCUUAUAGAUGGUUUAACUGAUGAGGGUUUAUUGGACAAUCGUAAGUGUAUUCCCUACCCUUUGCUCAUCAACGCGCUAAAAAUAGUUUACUAGAAUCUGAUUCUGAGAAUUGUACUCGUGAAGAGGCUCAGAAUUAUCGUCGCGAUCUUCGAAGACUUGGUCCUCGAGAAUUCUGUCGAGUUACGGUAGAAUCAAACACUAUCACCGCUAAGAAGCUCUUGACUGCGUUUGCUAUUCGUCCACCAAGCUACCUUGACGGUCAACCGGAUGAGGAAUACUACCAGCUUCUAAGUUACGCCUUACGUCGUGAGUUGAUGAAGCGUUUGAAACUUCCAGACUUCAACACCGUCCAGGAUGCUACAAAUCUCAUCAAAAAUGCCAAUAAAAUCAUUGUCAUUACCGGCGCUGGUAUCUCCACUUCUCUCGGCAUACCCGAUUUCAGAUCCGCAAAUGGAUUGUACGCAAAGCUGGGAUAUUUGGGUCUUUCCGACCCUCAGGAGGUAUUCAAUAUUGACAUCUUCAAACGAGAUCCAACAAUCUUUUUCCAAAUUGCCAAGGAUAUUCUACCAUCUGUUUUACGCUUCUCUCCAACCCAUCAAUUUAUUAAAGUUUUACAAGACAAGGGCAAAUUACUCACCAACUACACGCAAAAUAUUGAUGGCAUCGAAAGCGCUGCGGGAAUCCUUCCAGAGAAGAUUAUUCAGUGUCAUGGAUCAUUUGCGACCGCCACAUGUCAACAGUGUGAUAAUCAGGUGAAGGGAACUGAAGUUUUCCCAGAUAUCAAAGCUGGCAACAUUCCGCGAUGCAAGGUCAAAGGCUGCAAAAUCCCUCCUCCAGCAAACCAAACUCUUAAGCGUAAGAGAUCCUCGAAUGGUGGCAAUAAGAAGCGGGGUCGGUCCAACAAUGAUGAUGAAAACGAAGCAGACGACAUUCCUCAACCCGGCAUCAUGAAGCCAGAUAUUACCUUCUUCGGUGAACAGCUACCAGACAAAUUCUCCGAUCGAUUGAGCAAACAUGAUAGGGAUCAAGUUGACCUUGUCAUUACUAUUGGGACAUCCUUAAAGGUUGCACCUGUGAGCGAGGUGGUGCCAUAUCUUCCCAGCAACGUACCACAAAUUCAAAUCAACCGAGAUCCUGUAAGUCACGUUGAGUUUGACAUCGACCUUCUCGGCGAAUGUGAUGUUGUCGUCUCGGAAUUGUGCAAAGCUCUAGGUUGGAGCCUUGAUCAUGAGAUGAUUCCACAAAAUCAGGAGAUUGAAGUUACCACGGUUCCUGGAUUUAGCAAUCGUCACCAAUUCAAACAAACGCACCCUGUACCUGCACGUGUGCCUGUGUCUGUGCCUGAGAUCGAGACAGAAUGAACACUCGCUGGCCCAUGGAUAUUGAUUAAUUUUUCUAAAACGCAUUUUCACUGCUUGUUCUCAGUUACAGUAUCGAUGCAGAAAAAUACCCAAAAAAAACCCCCCAAAAAAAAGGAAAAAGAAAAAACUUGAGAUACGUACACAUUUCCGAAAACCAGCCACCCACCAAUAGCGAUGAACAAUCCCUUCCAUACACCAGCUAUGGCCUUCACAAAAUUAUUCUUGGUCACUCUCUCUCACAACUCAACACACAACUCCCAAUCCCCAUCUCAAAUUACUUUUCUUCUACGAACAACCGGUACAAGGCGUUGAAGGAUACUUUCACAUCUAAAUCUGCUUUCAAUUCCCAUCUAUGUUCAUGUCAUGUCAUAUCAUGAACAGACAUGAAAAUCAACUUGUUUUAUCUAUUUUUCAAUUCAUCAUCAUGGUCAUUUGUCUCAGCACGAAAAAAUUGAAGAAAAUCGAAGAAAAAAUCGAAAAACAAAAAAAGAGACAAAAGAAUCUCGCAAAAUAGACCAUUGUACGGAGCAAGUGGGCGCAUAUAGAUUUCCUAGGAGUCAAAUACAUGCAUGGGUACAUACAUAGGGUACGCGUAAGAACGGACCAUACGGACGGGACGGAGUUUUCAUACUUGAUAAUUGAUAGUUCAAACUUUAGGCUUCACAUUUCACAUUUCAUAUUCCAAAUUGUUUCAUAUGGACUGGAAGAGCGAGGAGUUCUGGAUAGCGUAUUGUUUUAUAUUGUGGUAUUUUCUUCUCAUAUUCUUGCUUGGUUACCUGGCAGCUUGCUUAAUUUAUUAGGUCCCUGGGGGUUUGAGGGUUGCUAGAGGGAUGGAUGGAUGGAUGGAUGGAUGGAUGGAAUUCCUUUUAUUAAUAUGUCAUUUUAUUGGUAG